AUGAGUGGCUCGUGGCGCAAGGGUCUGUUUCAGCAGAUCUCUACCUUUUCGAUGGAUUCUGUCGCAGGAGCUGUCUUAUCCAGUGCGGCUGUGGCUGUCAGCUUCUACUUGGUGCAGGCGUACUUCGAUCCCCACCGACAAAAGAAAAUAGACGCGAAGAAGAUCUCUUCCAAGAAGCUCGGUCAGCUAGGCGUCAAUCGCCGGGAAGUGAAACUCACAGAGUAUGAAGAGCAGAUUGCAGUGGAGCUCAUCCUGCCAGAAGACAUUCCCAUCACGUUUGAAGAUAUCGGUGGCUUGGAUGGCAUCAUCUCGAGUCUACAGGAAAGUGUCAUUGCGCCGCUAUGUCUGCCUGAUUUGUUCAGUGGCACGAAUGGCCUGCUUGGUGCGCCGAAAGGUGUGCUUCUGUACGGUCCGCCAGGUACGGGCAAGACCAUGCUCGCCAAGGCGCUCGCCAAGGAGAGCGGCGCGACCUUUAUUAAUAUGCACGUCUCGACGCUCACAAACAAGUGGUUCGGUGAGUCCAACAAGCUCGUAGCGGCGCUUUUCGGCCUCGCUCGCAAGUUGCAGCCGACGAUUGUCUUUAUUGACGAAAUUGAUAGCUUCCUGCGGGAACGCUCCUCUGGUGAUCACGAAGCUAUGGCCAUGAUGAAGGCCGAGUUUAUGACUCUGUGGGACGGCCUCACGUCUUCUACUGACCGAAUUCUCGUGCUAGGUGCGACGAACCGACCCGCCGACAUUGACUCGGCCAUCUUGCGCCGUCUGCCAAAGCGCUAUGCCGUCGGACUGCCUGAAGCCUCGCAGCGCAAAAAGAUCCUCUCAAUCAUGCUGGCCGACGUGCCGUGUGCAUCCAAUUUCGAUAUUGAUGAGAUUGUACGAAAGACGGAGACGUACAGCGGCAGCGACCUCAAGGAACUGUGCCGCGCCGCUGCCAUGGUACCCGUGCGUGAAGUGCUGCGCAGUCGCGAAGGACGCGCAUCGGUGCAGAAAGCCCGUGAGAACUCCAAGGCAGGUUUGCCGACCGAUUCGAACCUGGGCAUGUCAGUGCGCCCUCUCAAGAACUCAGACUUUUUCCAGGUGGAUACAGCUGUGCCACUACCACGACCCGAGCCAGACACACUCGAUUAA